CAAAGCUAAACAUCUUUCAUUUUCCCAUUGAAAUUUUUGAGGCCAAAAAUAAAGGAGAUUUUCUACAUAUAGAGGGAGAAUAUUGUUCAAUUUGCUAGCUCAGAUAUUCUUCAACACAAAAACACUCUUAAUUGGCUGUUGUAAAUUGUAAUAUUAUUAAUAUAAGAAUGGAAGAAAGGUAUGAGAUUAUUAAAGGUAUUGGGUCAGGGAACUUUGGGGUAGCAAAGCUUGUAAGGGAGAGACAAAGUGGUAAACUAUACGCUGUCAAGAUCAUUGAUAGAGGCCUCAAGAUUGAUGAGCAUGUGCAAAGGGAGAUUAUAAAUCAUAGGUCCUUGAAGCAUCCUAAUAUCAUUAGAUUUAAGGAGGUUCUGUGUACUCCAGCUCAUCUUGCUAUAGUGAUGGAGUAUGCUGCAGGGGGAGAACUAUUUGAAAGAAUAUGCAGUGCUGGUAGAUUCUGUGAGGACGAGGCAAGAUAUUUCUUCCAACAGUUGAUUUCUGGAGUGAGCUAUUGUCAUUCAAUGGAAAUUUGCCAUAGAGAUCUUAAGCUAGAAAACACACUUUUAGAUGGAAGCUCAGCACCACAACUCAAAAUAUGUGACUUUGGAUACUCCAAGUCUUCUGUUCUGCAUUCUCAGCCUAAAUCUACAGUAGGAACUCCAGCAUAUAUUGCACCAGAGGUACUGUCAAGAAGAGAAUAUGAUGGGAAGGUUGCUGAUGUUUGGUCUUGUGGGGUAACCUUGUAUGUGAUGCUUGUUGGAGGUUAUCCUUUUGAAGAUCCAGAUGAUCCACGAAAUUUUAGAAAGACAAUUGAGCGAAUUCUUAGGGUCCAAUAUUCAAUUCCAGACUAUGUUCGAGUCUCCAAAGACUGUAGACAUCUUCUAUCUCAAAUAUUUGUGGCCAAUCCUGAGAAGAGAAUCACCAUCCCAGAAAUUAAAAUGCACCCUUGGUUCCUUAAUAAAUUGCCAACAGAAUUUGUAGAGGAAGGGAAAAGUAAGUUACAAAAUGAUGUGAAUAAUGUGGAUGAUUCAUGUCAGAGUAUUGAGGAAAUACUGUCCAUAAUUCAAGAGGCAAGGAAACCAGGUGAGGGUCCAAGAGUUGAUGGACAAUUUGUUGGAGGAGGCAUGGAUCCUGAUGAGAUGGAUGCAGAUGAUGAUUUUGAUAAUGAUAUAGAAACAAGUGAUGAUUUUGAUUUUGUGUGUGAUAUGUGAGUGAGUAUUAGUUUUUUUGUGUUUUGUUUUGAUGACCAAUUGUCUCUCAAACAGUAAGAUAAGAUAAGAUGCUUCUCUUUAUGUGCAUUUUGAUUUUUGAUUUUCUGAUUAAAAAGUUAGAAUAAAGGGGUAUCACGGCUUUUUUGCUU